UAAGCGAUUCUUCACAUGAAUAGUCAAGUCUCCGAGUACAGGUUACCCACGCCUCCUAUUCAGACAACAAUGACUCGAGCGCUCUUCGUCGUCGCAGUGCUGGCUGCUCUCGCAUUAGUACAGGUGCGUAGCUCUCUACCACCGCCACCUCCACCAGACCAGUCUGGGCAUCAUCUCCGUACGCCAGACUAUCCGAUGCGACUGAUCGAUGACUACCGGCGUGACAACGAACGAUUUGACAAUCAUCGCCGUACGCCAGACUAUCCGAUGCGACUGAUCGAUGACUACCGGCAUAACAACGAACGAUUUGGGCGUCGGGGGUGGGGAACUUUAAAACAGAUGUUUAGAAGUAGUAAACAUGACCUCGACGAAUUUGACUCCGACUCUAGUUUCAACGCCAACGAUCGGUAA